UCAGUCUCGCGUUCACCGCCCGGCUGAGGAGGUGAAAGUUUCUCCCCAGGAAGAUAAACCGCAAAAGACAAUAUUGUGUAUGAUUUGCGCCUUUUUUUUGCGGAGCGAAAAAAAAAAAAAAAAAAGGCCCCCCGAAAAAAAAAAUCGGGUGAGUGUGGGGAAGCUCGAAGAGGAGAGAGAAACAAUCUCUCGGCCACUUUGCAACAUUCCUAUAGCCAAAAAAAUCACUGAAGGAAGUUUCUUUUUUGUUUUGGUUUUUUAAUUUUUUUUUUUCUGCUUGUGUUGAACUCUCGCCGUUAUUGUUAUUUGCAGCCAGUUUAUUUUUGAGCUCACCCAACCCCCCCUUCCCCACUUAAACCUCCCUGAAAAGUCAAAGCAGAGAGACAGUGAAUAUUUUUGGGGCACAUUUUUAUUAUUAUUAUUAUUAUUUGCGACUGCGAAGAUCUCUUCCCCCUUCCGCACCAGCCUUUUUUUUUUUUUUUUCCCCCUUUUUUUUUUCCUUCCCCCUGCGCUGAUGCCGAAGGGGGUGUUUUUGAUGUGGUUGCUUUGGUGGUGAUCGUCGCUGACUUUCCAAAGAGGGUGUUUUCGCUGCCGCCGCUGCUGCUGCUGCUUCUCUCCGCGUUGUGUGUGUGCGCGCGUGAUUUUUUUUUGGUUGCUGCAUCGACGCUGGGAAGAUGCUUCUGGAUGCUGGACCGCAGUAUCCCGCCAUAGGAGUCACUACCUUCGGAUCCUCUCGCCACCACUCCACGGCCGAUGUCACGGACAGAGAAGUGGGGCUGGGGAUCAACCCCUUCGCCGACGGCAUGGGCGCCUUCAAAAUCAACCCCAGCACCCACGAGCUGGCCUCGGCCGGCCAGACCGCCUUCACCUCGCAGGCGCCCGGCUACGCGGCGGCGGCCCUGGGGCACCACCACCACCCGACCCAUGUCAGCUCCUAUUCCAGCGCCGCCUUCAACUCCACCCGGGACUUUCUGUUCCGCAACCGCGGCUUCGGGGAGGCGGCGGCCGCCAGCGCCCAGCACAGCCUCUUCGCCUCCGCUGCCGGCAGCUUCGCCGGACCCCACGGACACACAGAUGCCGCGGGACAUAUACUUUUCCCGGGGCUGCACGAGCAAGCCACCAGCCACGCUUCGCCUAACGUGGUGAACGGGCAGAUGCGCCUGGGCUUCUCCGGAGACAUGUACGGCAGACCCGACCAGUACGGCCAGGUCACCAGCCCCCGCUCCGAGCACUACGCCUCGACCCAGCUGCACGGCUACGGCCACAUGAACAUGAACAUGGCAGCCCACCACGGGGCAGGGGCCUUCUUUCGUUAUAUGAGGCAGCCCAUCAAACAGGAACUCAUCUGUAAGUGGAUUGAGCCCGAGCAAUUGUCAAACCCCAAAAAGUCCUGCAACAAAACUUUCAGCACGAUGCACGAGCUGGUGACUCAUGUCACGGUGGAGCACGUUGGAGGACCCGAGCAGUCCAAUCACAUAUGUUUCUGGGAAGAGUGUCCAAGAGAGGGGAAACCUUUCAAGGCCAAAUAUAAACUUGUAAAUCACAUCAGAGUCCACACAGGUGAAAAACCUUUCCCCUGCCCUUUCCCAGGCUGUGGCAAAGUGUUUGCCAGAUCAGAGAAUCUCAAAAUACACAAAAGAACUCAUACAGGUGAAAAACCAUUUAAGUGUGAGUUCGAGGGCUGUGACAGGCGCUUUGCAAACAGCAGCGACCGCAAAAAGCACAUGCAUGUGCACACUUCCGACAAGCCCUAUCUCUGCAAAAUGUGCGACAAGUCCUACACGCACCCCAGCUCCCUCCGAAAGCACAUGAAGGUCCAUGAAUCAUCCUCGCAGGGGUCCCAGCCUUCUCCCGCCGCCAGCUCAGGCUACGAGUCCUCCACCCCUCCAACCAUCGUGUCUCCAUCCACAGAAAACCAGACUGCCAGCUCCUUAUCCCCUUCCUCCUCCGCAGUCCAUCACACGUCCAGCCACAGCACGCUUACAUCAAAUUUUAACGAAUGGUACGUCUAAAACGCUAAAACAAAACAACAACAACAACAAAACACAAACCGAAACAAAAAAAAAAAAAGCCCCAAGCGAGCAAACAAAUAUCCUAUUUAAAGACUCCAAAAUAAUGGACACUCUGAAAUCAAAAUUUAAAUGGGCAAACAAAAAUAAAAUGCUGCCAGUAGACCCAGGACUGAGUAAAAUGAAGACUUAAUUUUUAAUUUUUUUUUCCCCCGGUAAUUCCCCCCCCCCUUUUUUUUUUUUAAUUUUUUUUUUUUCCUGAUUGCUCUGCUCUGUUCCAAGGCUUGGUAGGCGAAGGGGUUAGUAGAAUGCAUAAGAAGACAAGGUUACCAGGGCAAAUGCCAACUGUGUAGGGCUUUACUGGAAACCACUGAUUAGAGAUCGCCAACUGCAUGUCUGCUCGGGCAGCGGCCUUCCCCCCCAUCCCCUCUUGUAAAUACAGAAUUAUUAGCUUCAAAAACAAAACAACAAAAAAAGUGUACUGUUUGAUUUUGUAAAUAGUUAUAUCGCAAGUUGAAUAAGGGGAUAUGUGGAUUUGUGGUCUUUGCAUAUAUGUGGGGGGAGGGGCGGGCGGGCGGGAGCGGCGGCGGGGGGGAGGAGGAGGUGGGGGGGCAGAGGGAAGAGGUAGAAAUUCAACUAUUUGUACUGAAUGGCAAGAAUGUUCUAGUAAAUGUGUAUCAAAAUGUGAAUUACUUUGUAUUAUUACAGUCUAAACGUCGAUCUAACAGAAUAUUAUUGGUAUUAAUGUGCUUUUUUGUAUAAAGUGCAACAUUUCGUCCCAAAGUCCAGUCUAAGUAGUGCAGUAAAAUGUUGUUACACGUCCUGUCAAGAAAUUCGUAUAGUGAAAGCCUGGAUCUGCGUGUCAAACUGUUACAUUUGUUUAUGUAAAGUGAUAUUAAAAAAAAAAAAAAAGAUAUAAACUAUAUCUGUCCGUUGCUUUUGGCAAAUACAAGAACAUAAUGUAUAUAAAUCCUAAUUUCCAUAUUUAUCCGCAUGUAAAGGUCCGGUUAUACCUGUUACAAGAUAUUCAAUAUUUAUGGCUAGAAGAAUUGGUAUGUAAAAUUUAGUUUACAGAACUGUUUGGUAACAUUUCGUACCUUAUUAAAGAUUCUUAAAUCCCAAGAA